AUGUUGCUUUGGGGCUUGUUAUUCGUGGUGGCGUUGAUCGCCGCCAAAAUCGUUAUUGGGCGCCUUGUGUUUGCUCGCAAAGAACGCCAGGCGGGAUGUCUGCCAUUUAAGUUCCACAAGUCCGAUGGCGUGUGGGGGUUUGCUAAUUUGGUCCCUAUUCUCAAGGCAAAGAAGGAAGGACGAAUCCUUCUGUUUAACCGUCGGUAUCUCUAUGGCGAUGACCGCUGGCCUCACCAAAAGACAUUCACAAUCUUCCUUGGCGGUAACUUCGCCGUGGCUACUAGAGACCCCGAGAACAUUAAAGCAGUGCUAGCGACUAACUUUAGCCACUACCAGUUUGGCCAAAGAAAACAAAUGUUGUCUCCGCUUUUGGGUGACGGUAUCUUCACGCUUGAUGGUGAAGGCUGGAAACAUUCACGGACGAUGCUUAGACCUCAAUUUGCUCGAGAACAAGUGGCCCACGUACAAAUGCUUGAGCCUCACGUACAACGACUUGUACGCCAGAUCUAUGCCCGCCAGGGAGAAGUAUUUGACUUACAGGAAUUGUUUUUCCGGUUGACGGUUGAUCUGGCGACGGAAUUUCUUUUUGGUGAAAGUGUUGAGCUGUUGAGUGAUGGUGUCAUUGGCCAGGCUCGUUCGCCCGAGGAAGUGGCUGCCUUCCCUGAAAGAGAGAACUUCAGCUACGCCUUCGACCUUUCGCAGGACUACCUUAGUCAACGGGUGGCUCUUCAAGGCGCUUACUUCCUUAAGGAUGGCCGCGAAUUCCGCCAACUUAACGAUGAAGUCCACCGGUUCAGUGACUACUACGUCAAUAAGGCAUUGGCCAUGUCACCGGCUGAUCUUGACCUUGCUAGUCGUCAUGGCUACGUCUUCCUCUACGAGUUGGCAAAGAAUUGUCGCGAUCCCAAAGUACUUCGUGACCAAGCGCUUAACAUCUUAUUGGCAGGCAGAGACACCACGGCGGGGCUACUUUCGUUUGUGUUUAUGGAACUUGCUCGUCACCCUGACCUCUGGCAAAAGCUUCGCGACGAAGUCCACCACCGGUUUGGUGACUCGUUAGAAGAUAUCACGUUUGAGCUGAUGAAGAAGUGUGAGUACCUUCAAGCAGUAAUCAGUGAAACAUUGAGAAUGUACCCUCUGGUGCCCAAGAGCUUUAAAGUGGCAGUACAAGACACGACGUUACCUCGUGGUGGUGGUGCUGAUGGUAACGACCCCAUGUUUGUUCCUAAGGGGACGACGUUGAUGUACUCAGUGCAUGCCAUGCACAUGGACCCGGACAUCUACGGUAAGGAUGCUGACGAAUUCAAGCCGGAACGGUGGUUCGACCCGCAAAUGAAGAAGAUGGGAUGGGCAUACUUACCGUUUAAUGGUGGCCCGAGAAUCUGCUUAGGCCAGCAAUUUGCCUUGACCGAAGCCUCGUACGUAUUGGUUCGGCUUUUGCAAACGUUUGAGACUCUUGGUGGACCUGGAGCCCAUGAGUACCCGCCGUUAGUGCGCAGUAACUUGACCAUCUGUUUACUUAACGGGUGUCCCGUGGCCUUCGCCUAA